AUGACCAGCUCGGACGAGGCGAGGAAUAAAUUCUACGAGUACCUGCAGGCUUUCCUUGCGACUGUGCCGAAGGAGGGUAAGUUGACUGGCCUUGGUGACUCCAACUCCCGCUUUGGCACAUACCAUGAUGCCUGUAGAGAAGUGCUGCGUCACCAUGGUCUUGACAGCUACAAUGACAAUGGCUUGCUCCUCCUACAAACCUGCGCAGAACACCAGCUUGUCCUGACCAACACCUUCCGCCUACCUAGGCGAGAGAAGGCCACCUGGAGGCCUCCUCGGUCGCGUCAGUGGCACCUGCUGGACUAUGUCCUCGUCCAAAGGGAUGUGUUUGUGAUAAAGGCGAUCGCGGACGCUGACGGGUGGACCGACCAUCUCGAAGAUGCGGAUUCGCCUGCAGCCUCGCGGAAGACCGCGAGGUAAACGCCCCCCAAUUAAGCUGAAUAUUGCCUUGGUGUCUUUGCCUGCUCGCCACCUCCAUUUCAGCAACGAGCUAGCUCAAAGGCUAGACAACUUUCCAGUGGCCGCCGCCACCGCUAAUGCCGAUGAGUACGGCUCCGUGGAGAACCGAUGGUGUCAACUUCGAGACACAGUACAGUCGACGGCGCUGGCCGUCCUUAGUCGCGCACGUUGCCAACAUCAGGAAUGUUUGGAUGACAACGAUGCCGUCAUCAGCAAUCUGUUCGCCGAGAAGGACCGCCUACACAGAGCCUGCGUAGACCACCUCACUGACGACAGCAAAGCUGCUUUCUACCGCAGUCGCCGCCAGCUUCAGCAACGUCUGCGCGUGAUGCAGAACGUCCGGGCUGUUCACAAAGCUGAGGAGAUCCAGGGGUACGCGGAACGCAACGAAUAAAAGAACUUCUCCGCGAUCAAAGUUGUCUACGGUCCGCCGACAAAGGGCACUGCUCCUCUCCUCAGCGCCGACGGCAGUACCCUCCUGACUGAGAAGACACAAAUUUUACAGCAAUGGGCCGAGCACUUCCGAGGCAUCCUCAACCGUCUCUCCAUCAUCUCUGACGCCGCCAUCUCAUUUCUGCCUCAAGUGGAGUCCAACGCUGACCUAAACCUACCGCUCUCUCUCUCCACGAAACCAUCAGGGCCGUGCAGCAGAUCUCCAGCAGGAAAGCGCUCGGAUCGGACGUGA